AUGGCGGAUGCAACGCCACCUACUGAGAAGCCCCGCCCAUCGCCCGGCCGCCGUAGAGAUAAGCCCCAGCUUUCGUGCACCUUGUGCCGACGGCGAAACCCUGUUCAAGGCCGCCGUGAUUCCGCCGUUGCUCCCGGCAUCCAGGCACGCAUAACCCAGCUGGAGAAUCUUGUUGUCACGUUGAUGAACGCCGCCCCCACGCCGCCGAAAAGCCUCAGCCCUCUGGACACGGCCCUCUCCGACAGCUUUGGCCGAAUCAGCCUGGAGAAUGACGAGACCACGUACGUUAGCGGCGACCAUUGGCUGGCCAUUCUUGACGGCAUUACGGAGUUGAAAUAUCACUUUGACCCUGAAACCAGCCCGCUCGAGGAAGAAGGGCCCAAGUUGCUCUAUGGAUCUAACGACCACGCUACAAGAGAGUCUAUCCUGGCUUCUCUGCCGCAAAGACCGGCGGCCGACAGACUGGUUUCCAAGUACUUCAACGCCAUGGACAUGGCCGCUGCAGUCAUCCAUGGACCUACCUUCCUCAGGGACUAUGAGAAAUUUUGGUCUAACCCUGCCGAGACCCCCAUCAUGUGGAUUGGCCUUCUUUUCGCCAUCAUGGGCGUUGGUGCCCUUAUUCAACAGCGCCAGUCGCAGUCGGCUGCCAACCGGCAAAUGGUUGAGGUGUAUAAAGAAAUGACCGUCCAGUGUCUGAUUCUCGGCAAAUACACAAAAGGCGUGCCGCAUACGAUCGAGACUAUACUGUUAUAUUUUUCACUAGAGCACCUCGUAGCCGCAGACACACGAGUUGACAAUUGGAUCCUUGCCGGCAUUAUUGUGCGCCUCGCCUUGCGCAUGGGUUACCACCGCGACCCCUGUCGCAUCCCGCAAAUGUCACCUUUCCAAGCCGAAAUGCGUCGGCGAGUCUGGGCAACUAUCGUUCACAUCGAUCUCGUCACCUCUACCCACGUAGGGCUCCCCAGGAUGCUUAGUGCGUCCGCUUGUGACACGGCAGAGCCGCGGAAUCUCCUGGACAGCGAUUUCGAUGAGGAUGCCGUUGAACUGCCACCUUCCCGUCCGGACUCUGAUAUGACACCAAUCAUAUACCUCAAGGCCCGAAACAAACUCUUGUCUAUACUUGGUAUGAUCACUGAUCUGACCACUUCGACCUCUCCAACCUCAUACGGCGACGUUAUGGAACUUGAUAGAAGGCUACGCAGCACGCAUUCGGCCAUUCCUGCGGGCCUCCAACUGCGUCCGCUAUCGCAGUCAAUCAUCAGCCACCCGGACAUAAUUACCCGCAGCAUAUAUCUAGACUUGAUGUUCAACAAGGCGCGGUGUAUCCUGCACCGCAAGUACUUGAUUGUUUCUCGAUCAAAUAUGCAGUAUGCGUACUCGCGCGAUUCGUGCAUUGAUGCCGCAAGCCAAAUUCUCAAACACCAGGAGGUCCUCUAUUGUGAAUCACAGCAAGGUGGUCAACUAUUCAGCGAGCGGUGGAAAAUGACAUCCAUCUUCAACUACGAUUUCUUACUGGCCAUCACAAUCCUGUGCCUCGACCUUAACCGUGAUUUGGAACUGGCUUCAAGUUCAAGUUUGCACGAGAUGCCAGCGGAGCAAGGAAGAAGGAAGAACGUAAUCCACGCGUUGCAGCGGUCAUACAACAUUUGGACCCAGACGACAGAUUCAUCCCGCGAGGCCCGGAACGCCGUUGAAAUUCUCAGGGUGGUGCUUGAAAAGGUGAAGAGAUCGCCCAUUUCGGGCAACGGCAAUGAUCCAUCCGCGAAGGACGCGACACACGUCGAAGGCGCCGGUAUCUCCCAACCGUCUCAAACGCCGAUAAGCUGGACCACUCAAGCAUUAACUUCUUCUCCUGGAGAAAACAUGGAAGACUUGGCCAGCACCGCACACUGGAGCACCGAUUUUGAUUGGGACAGCUGGGAUGCCGACUUGCGCAGUCAGAAUUCAGCACAGCUUUCUAACAUGGAGAGAGGCCUCAUGAUCUUUGAUCAUGACUUGACAGAAUCUGAUGCGGCUACCGACCAAGGUGGAACUGCCUUUGAAUAA